AUGGCGACGCAGCUUGCUGAUUCCGCAGUGCCAGUUACGGACAACUGGAAGAGGACAUUCCUAGUGGUGGCCGUUAACUGCUGCAUUAAAUCAACCCUAAACCCCCAGCCUCUCACAAACUUCUUGUCAGCUACCAUUGACAUCAACAACAUCCCCAAGUACAACUGGUGCAAGUACACCAUUGAAUCAUUGCUUCAUUCAGCUUCUGCUUGGCAAGAGGAUACCAGUAGAUUCUUCGCUGGUCCUCUGCCUUUCUUACAGGUCUGCUAUUUUGAUCGUCUACAGAAGGAACUACACAAGCCUCCCCGUCAAUUCCCGCUACUCUCUAUAUGGAAACGGGAAAUAAUCAAGAGCAGGAUUUAUUGGGAAUUCAAGUCCGGAGUAGGGAUGGGGACUGUUCUCCCAAGGAUCACUGCUCCCAUGCACGGGCAACAAGAUGAACAACACCAACAACAACAGCAAAAUUUACAACAACAACAACCCCAACAACACCAAGAAGAUCAACAACAACAACAACAGCAACAGCAACAACUCCAACAACAACAACAACAACAAAAUCAGCAACAACAGCAACAACAACAGCAACAUCCUGAACAACAACAACAACCACCCCAUGACCUUGAGUCUUGGAAAGCAAAUUUCAUCAAUCUUUGUUCCAAGUUCACCGCUAACCUCAUUGAGUUGACGGCCUUGCUGAACCAAGGCCCGCAUCUCAAUCUGGAUCCUACUGUUAGCAGCUUUGCCCCAUCCAUACUUCAGGCCAUUUGGACUCGGUAUGAAAAUGCCGCGCAACCUUCAAUCAAUCCUACUCCCAACCCUCUCCCUGAUCAAGGCAACCCCUCUGUUCUGAGUCAAGAUGCUGCUUUUUUCCGCUCCUCGGAGCUUUGGGAGAUGGUGGACCAGGCUGUUCAAUCACAUCUCAAACCACAUGAAGCACAAGGUGGGUUUGAUGGCCCAACUUUCAGCCUGGACUUGGAGUUAAGCAUGGGCAGACCUCAACAACGACAAGAUCAACCAUCUUCCUCAUUUUCCCCAUCUCUGUCGCUGGGUGAUUUUUUCAAAGAUCACGAGGACCUACAUGUUGAUAAAAUCUUCCAGUCCAACAACCCUAACACUGAUCCGCCUAAGGGGUAAUCCCUAUGUGGACUAACUUUCAUACUGUACUCUUGGCUCAUUGCCCCCGUAUUUUCACUAAUUCACUAACAUGAACUAGUUACAUUUGU